ACAUGUGUUCUCUGAUACAUUUUCGUUUUUUCUAACCUCACAAUUCCGGUCCAUAAUCCAUAUUCCAGAGUCCGCACUCCGCGUCCAGCGUCCACUAUCUAAUACUCUUGGUACAUACUUAUUAUUUUACUGCUCGUAAAUAAUAUUUCACAUUAAUUUAACUUCAGACGGCGUGCCUACAUACGCAUUGUAACAUUUACUGUUUUUGACAGUUUGUACAAUUAUAUAGAAAUAGUAAGUCGAAACUAACCAAUAGUAAUUGGUUAAGAAAACCAAUAAAAAUAUAUUGUUGGAAAAUUAAAAAAUUUGUCUGAAAAAUUACCAGCAAUGGAUCAAAGAAGGAAAAGAAAAAGGAACAAUUCAAAACGAAAAUAUUUGUUUAAUGUUUUUAGUGGUGUGCUUGAAAUUUUAAAGUCCGGGCCACCUGAUAAUUUCCCUAAUGAUGCUCUUACAAUUAAGUAUAUUGUUGGUUCACAUAGAUCAUCUCCAGUACAAAUUGACUAUUGUCGUCUAGGUCAAUUUAUGGCUACACCUAAACUUUCAUUUAGACGAUAUGAGAAAUUAAUUAUUUUAAUAGCAAAAGAAAUUAAGACUCAAAUUGGAAUAGAACUUAUUAUGCAUGCAGAUAUUUUUUCACUAUCUAUUGAUUCUUUGCCAGACAUUGAUGAAUCAGCAAUUUUUAUUCGGUAUGUUGAUGAUUAUGGUAUACCAGUAAAACGUUUUCUGGAAACUAUAAAUAAAAGAGCAGAUAAUACUUCACAGAUAAUGGAUAUACUCCAUAUGGUACUUGACAAAUAUAAUCUGAACCAAAAAGGUUUUAUGGGAUUAUCAUAUGAUGUUGAUAGUAACUUACCAACACAAAUUUCUGAUUUAAAGUCUAGUCUAAAAGCAAUUAACAAAUUUGCUAAAAUUAUACCAUGUUCAUCGGAUUCUUUAAGAUCAGUUAUGAGUAAGGCAGUAUCUACUAUCUAUGAAGGCAAUACAUUUAUUACAACAAUUGAUGAACUAUUUAACUUUUUAUUGACUUUUAAAUAUCAGUGGGAUCAAAUACAAUUUUUGUUGACAAAUCUGUGUGAUAUUCAAAAUUUAACAAAACAAAGAGUGAGUCGAUAUCUUAAUGGAAAUUGGUCAACAAUUGUAAAUGCAUUGUUUCAAAUUUCUGAAAACAUGUCUUUUCCUGAAAAAGUUCGUAUCCAAGCUUAUGUACUUUUGGUGAAGGUUAAACGAUUGGAAACAUGUAUCUUAACAAUGUUUUGGGAAGAAAUUACGGAACAGUUUUCAAGAUAUGAAGAUAGGUUACAUUUUCAUGUGUCUACUGAAAUUGAUUUCUAUGAGAUUUUAGAGGUUUAUCAAUUAUUAGUAAACCAUUUAAAUGAUUUUCGAACCGAUGAAAAGUUUCUGAAUUAUAAGACUCGUGCAUUUCAAAAAUCUAAUAUUCUACAUUUCAAUAAUCAGAAUUAUAUAGAAGAACCACAAAUGAGAUUUCCUGUUAAUUAUGUAUAUGAUGCUGAUAAAUUUAAAAUCAACACUUACUUUUCAAUAAUAGAUAAAAUACAAUCUGAAUUUCAUUAUAGAAAAAUUAUUUAUGAAGAUUUAGCGUUGAAAUUUAAUUUUUUGAAUAAAAUGCCAGAAAUAACAAACACUGAAUUAAUUCAGAAUCUUGAAAAUCUACUACAAAUGUACGAUGAACUAACAUUCCACAUUGAUGCCGAAUGCAUGGACUUAAGACAACUUUUCGUAAGACAUUUAUCAAGAAAUAAUGAUUAUCCUUCUUCUAUUAAGGGAGUUAGUACUUUUAUAAGACGAAACGGAUUUAAGGAACAUUUUUCACAACUUUUAAAAGUAAUAAAAAUGGUACUAUGCAUUCCAGCUACCAAUUGUCCUACUCAACAAUCUUUUUCAGUAUUGAAAAAAGUUAAAACUUCCAUGGGAUCAAUAAGGAACGAAGAAAUCUAUAAAUCAUUAUUACUCAUAAAUAUGGAGUGGAAAUUUUUUACAUCAUUGGACUUUGAUCCUGUUAUUGAAGACUAUGCUGCAGGCUAUGAAAGUGAAUAAUUAUAAUAAUUAAGAUUAAGUAUUUAUAAAACCAGUGGUGUACUCAUAAAUAAUCUUUGGGAUAUACUCUCCUCAGUUCCAGCCAUAGAAUGCUGAGGCUUUGGCAGUGGCCCUAGGGUUGCCAACUUUCAAAUUGCAGAAUUUAGAAUAAUUUUUUUAUACAUAAUUAUUAUACUUACCAUGACUUAAUGAAAAUGUUUUAACUAACAAAUUAUAUUGACUUUAUAAUUAAUCUUUUACUCUAAUUUCAAAGCGUUGUUAAACUUGGAACAAAUUAAAUAAAUAUAGAACGAUUGGCAAUUUUAGAUACCCCUGCAUAUUGUCUGUUGCACCACUGUAUAAAAUUAUUAAUUAUAGUUAAGUUGAAUUUUGUUAAAUAAAUAGAAAAAUUACAUUUGUAUCCUGAAAAUAUUUUUAAUACUUAUUACACAAUCCAUUUAAAUACCUUUUAAAAUGUUAACACUUUGUUAAAAUUAAAAUUGUUCUAUUGUUUUUUUUAUUGUUAAGAAAUUUUUAUAACUUUUUUAUACUUGUCAAUAUAUUAUGUUUAAAUUAACUAAAGAAAUAGACAUACUAGUUCAAUUCAUUAUAUUUACUGAUAAAUUAAAAAAAAAAAUUUGUUCCCUAUUAUAACAAUAACCUAAACCUUUUAUAUUUA